GCUGUUUCGUUUCAUUUUUAUAUUCUUUCAUCUUUUUUCGUGUUGAGGUUUUUUUUUUUUGAUCGUUCGUUCGUUGUGGAGUCGCAAAGAUCAUGAACGGCAUCAUCGUCCUAUGCCACUUUUGCGAGCUCCACGGCCCCAGCGUGCUGUUCUGCACUCAGGCCUUCCAUAGCAAUCACGAUCCGCUCGAGGCAUUCACCACCACGAGCGGCGCUGGAGGAGCAGCAGUGUCGCAGAGCCACGCUGGUGGUGCAAAUGGCACAGGACUGAACAAUGGCAAGGAUCUGGACACGGCGAGCUACUACGAUAGCGAGUUUGGCGGCCGCGGUGGCUAUCUCCCGCCACUGAGCGAGUCGUCGCGGGACAUGAGCCGCACUGCGUCCCACUCGACCACCACAACAACCUCCAACGCAUCGUCAUUGGACGUGCCAUCAUCGAUUUCUUCUUCUUCUUCUUCUGCCGUUGCCGCGGCAGCAACCGCCGCUGCUGGUGGCAUGCACACGCCCAGCCCCAAUCGACGACGUAUCGGCCAUCUCGCUGCUGCCAGCCCUGGCUCGCCAGCAGCCAGCAACUCGACCUGCUCGUCCUGCCGCUCUCUUCCGGACGACAUGCCCGGGUUUAUCACAAACGAUCACACCACUCGGAUUAGCUACAUUUCCAGUCAGUACCCGGAUCAUCCUUCGCUCUACAGUCAUGUGCGUCAAGCCUGUGUUCGCAGUCUAAGUUGCGAGGUUUGCCCUGGCCGGGAAGGCGCUGUUAUCUUUGGAGACGACAAGUCUGGCUAUGUGUUUAGUUAUACCUUUUUUGUGCGAGAUGCACAGGCGCGCGGCUUUCAACGGUGGUACAGCAUCAUUUCGUUGAUGACCGAUCGCAUUUAUCUUGUUAAUUCGUGGCACUUUCUCGUGUCCUCUUCACGAGAGCUAAUCUCAGACCUCCAAAAGCGUGCCAAUCAUCGAUUCGAGGCGGAUCAGGCCAAGAAAACCGCCGAAGCUCGCUUUGCCAGCCCCGGAGUUGGCUCUGGAUUUGGUAUGACUCCAGACCAGUUUCGAAGACGACGUGGUGGCCACCAGGCUCUUCGCUCCUUGCAAGACUUGAGCGGCGACGAGAGGCUCUUUUCAACCGUUCACACCGCGUUUGCGUGGACAUUGAAGGCCUGUGGCGAACGAAUGUUUGAACGUCAAAUAGAAGGGCCGCCAUUGAUUGCUUCAGGUCAUCCGGCGGACCUUACCAACCAAUAUGAGAUGAUUGACCGUGCGGGCACAUUACGCUUUGCGACACUUUCCGAGCUCAUCCAAGUGAUAGGCAUCGAGGUCUUUACUCUGUUGUUAUUUAAUGUGGUAAUUGGCAACCAACUUGUCGUUCGUGGACCCGACCCGACAAUGGUGGCAUCGUGUUUGCGACUCGUACAGGACUUGAUUCCUAUCGGGUGUUGCAAUGUCGACUAUCGCUCCACGGUCUACAAGGACAGCUGGCAGUGCAAUCUCCUCGGCCUGACUGCGACUGCUGAAGUACCGCCUCAUGUGGACACACACUCGUAUGUUCUACUGGACAUGACGUGUGAAGAGCGACCUCCCGUCACCACUGAAGUGGCUGACGGACAUCAACAUGCAAACGGAGCCACACGUCCUGUGACUGCGAGUUUUAGCGACCAAAGCAAUGGCAGUCACAGCGUCGACAUGGCGACCGCCGAAUUUCAGCUGCUUUCUCACGGGAGAUCCUCCCCUCCAAACUUUUUGAGCGAUAGUCAAGCCAGUAUGCGCGGAAUGCAUAGUGUCGCCGACAGUCUCGCCACGUCGCAAAUGCACGAACCAAAUGGCGCAAACCCGCCCGGCUCGACGGAGGAGACGCUCCUGCGAGCUGCCCGUGCUAAAAUUUCGUCCGUCCCAUCGGUGCACGUGAGCGACAUGUCCAGCAACAGCACCCACCCCACCAGUCAAGGCUCUGCGUAUUUGCCACCACCACCAGCCAUCCCUUCCUCCGCUUCGGCAGAGACCGCCGAGCACGCACGUCGUCUCUCGACCGAUUCUUUCUCCAUUUUGCGCUUUGCGGCGUAUGCCUUUUCCGUGACGGCAUCCAAUCAGUCCGAGGCCGAGACGGGCAACUCGUUCACCAAAAAAGUACUGGCCAUCCUCCUUGGCACAAUGUACACUGACGCUGUCAAGCACGAGUUUGUGGUGACUCUCAAGGAAGAGUGGAUGCAGUGAGUGCUACUUUUGCGAAGUGUUUUGUUCGCCAAAGCGGUUUCCGUCCCGCCCAUUUGCCUGUCGUUUUUGAAUGUUGCAUGUUUCGCGCCUCACUGCUUGAUACUGACCAAUCCCAUUCCGUUGCUCGUACCUUUCGUCCACAACCAACAGCAAAGCCAAACUCUUCUUCAAGUUCUCGAAAGAAAACGCGCGCAAAGACGGCUACAAUCAGCGGUUGAACCGUCUACUCAAAGCCCUCGACAUCAAGGAUGAUGAUUUGCCAGUUCUGCGAUUUUGGACUACCGGAUUGAGCAAGAAGCAUCGCACCAAGCUGCUCCUGGCCACGCAAUAACGUUCUAUUGAUUGAAAGCAUUUUUUAAAACCCAAAAUAUCAUGGUCAC